GGCCUUCUAUUUAUGGCCACGAAUCGGUAGGUGUGUGCAGCUUUCGCCUUUUCUCUCUCUGUCUCCGUUAGCUCUGUGGAAUCUGUGCCUCCCAUCUCUUGGGUGUCCCUUCUCCCUGCAUGGUAGCCUUCCUCUUCCCGUGGAUUUGGGAUACGAGACGGCGGUCGAAUAGUUUUCCGGCGUACGACAAGUUGAGGCAACACGGCUAUACUCAAGUCCGUCCGGCAGCAUCUCCAUGAUGGUUGUUGGCAACCGGAGAGUUGCUUAACGUCGAAGUGUACGCGGUUGCCGCACGGUGGUAGGGGUGCUUUGCCCUCCGAAGGCGGAAGCCCCUCCGACCUCCUGUUCCUCGCUGGUGGUGGUUGCGUUUUUUCUGUUUCUCUUUCUCUUUUUCGCGUUCGUCGUGUUGGAGGACGCGAGAUUGAGUAAAGAGUAGCGAGAGAGACAUUUUGGUGUGCCCUUUGCGUUUGUAUAUUUUUCCACGCGUAAGGGAGGGAGACUCUGUGAUCUGCUUGCCCUUUAUUUUUGUACUUUUUCUUCGCCAACAAGGAGGAGAAAAGAGAGAAGAUCAACCAUGCUGACCAUUAAGAGGGUCCCGACCGUUGUUUCCAAUUACCAGGAAGAUUCCCAGGAUGUCGCCGGAUGCGGCCGGAAGUGCCUGGGGAAGUGCUGCCUGCCUGUGUCAAAGCUUCCUUUAUAUGCUUUCAAACCAAGGGAGGACAACACAGCAGGAAACAAGAACGAAAGGACCAUAUCUGACCCUGAAUUCUCAUUCAACCCCUUGCUUCUGGGACAGUGGGAGGACAGGAUGAAUCGUGGUCUUUUCCGGUAUGAUGUUACCGCAUGUGAAACAAAGGUCAUUCCUGGGCAGCAUGGUUUCAUAGCUCAAUUGAAUGAAGGCCGUCACCUUAAGAAGCGCCCAACUGAGUUCCGAGUUGAUAAGGUCCUGCAGCCCUUUGACGGGAACAAGUUCAAUUUUACAAAAGUAGGACAAGAAGAGGUACUGUUUCGAUUCGAAGAGAACUGCGAUGAGGACGAAGAUGAGGGCAAUGAUAGCAGAACACGUUUCUUCCCCAAAUCCAGUGUCCUACCUUCCGCUAAGCCCAGCGUUGUAGCAAUCAAUGUAAGCCCUAUAGAAUACGGCCAUGUUCUGCUGAUCCCCCGUGUCCUUGAUUGCCUCCCUCAAAGGAUGGAUGGUGAAAGCCUCUUGCUUGCACUUCAUAUGGCUGCAGAGGCAGCGAAUCCCUUCUUCAGGGUUGGUUACAAUAGCUUGGGUGCCUUUGCUACCAUUAAUCAUCUUCACUUCCAGGCUUAUUAUCUGAAUGUUCCCUUCCCUGUGGAGAAAGCACCUGCUAGAUUGGUUGCUGAAAAAAUCAAAAAUGGGGUGAAGAUCUAUGAACUUUGUGACUAUCCAGUGAGGGGUCUUGUUUUUGAAGGUGGAAAGAACCUUUCCGAUCUUUCGGAUGAGGUCUCCACUUGUUGCAUAUGGCUGCAAAACAACAACAUACCUUACAAUCUCCUCAUCUCAGACUCUGGCAAGCGCAUCUUCCUCUUUCCGCAGUGCUAUGCAGAGAAACAAGCACUAGGAGAGGUGAGCCAGGAAUUGCUAGACACCCAAGUGAAUCCAGCUGUCUGGGAGAUUAGCGGUCACAUGGUGCUCAAAAGGAAGAAAGACUAUGAGGAUGCAUCUGAGGAUUAUGCGUGGAAAUUGCUCGCUGUGGUCUCUCUGUCAGAAGAGAGAUUUGAAGAGGUGAAGGCCUAUCUGUUGGAGGCAGUAGAUGGAUUUAUACUUGCACAGGAGCCAAAGAAGGGACACACAGCCGAAAAUCUUGAUGAUGUGAUUGCGACUGCAACUCCUGCUGAGAAAGAAGACCUAUUUCAAGUGCAUGGAACACACGCACAUGUUCAUGAAGGGUGUCUUGUGUUGCAGUGACUUAAAUUUGUAAACGAUUUAGUUCAGAGGCGUGAAGUCUUCUAGACUACCGAAUAGACGGUUUAAAAGCAUUAAUCUGUUAGUGUUAGUAGUACUAGAGAAAUGCCAUAAUCUAUUACUAUCAUUCAUCUGCCAUGUAUGAAGUAGUAGGUUAGAUGGUAUUCUAAGACUGCUUGUUGUCUAAGGAUCUCUUUAUGGUUUAAUGAAAUAUCUAUUUAGAAUGUCUUCA